AAACCCCCCCCUUCCCGACUCUGCCGCAGCUGUGUCGUCGGCGUCAUUGAGCUCCUCGCACGGUGAACGGGACUCCGGUCAACUAUAGGCAGUUCCGGACUGUAAACGGCUAUCGGCUUUCUAACUGUACGUUUUCUUUUACAAACCUCAUUCCGCUAUUUGCGGAGGAUUUUAUUUGUAUUUAUUUUAAAAUAUCCUACAGUUCCGCGCGCGCGCGCCAUCAUAACGUUCCUGUGUGUGCGCGCGCAUCUUUAGCUUUUACCCGCUUUUGCCCUUCUUCAAGGAUAUUGGCAAGGAAACGUGUGGAUGUUCCUGUGCUCAUCUGCAGUUGCACAAUGGCUGCCUGUUCACUCGGCCUGAUAGCCAGGACCCAAAGGAACUGUACCAGAUUUAGUAUAAUUACAGGAUAGCAAUAACAAACUUCCCCUCUCUCGCCUGUGCUUAGUAAGUCCUGUUAAACAGGUGGGCCUGCGAGAAAACAUAUUUAUUUGUCCUUGUAGUCCUUUCACAUUUUUUUUUUUUAAUUGUAGCGAUAUCUAAUUCACAAUCAUGGUUUCGACAACCGCAACUGUGACCGCCGUUGUGUUAGCCGCCGCGGCGGCGACACAGGGCCCCUUGACGGGUUAUUUAUGGCUGCUGAUCGUGGGCUUCGUCAUCGCCUUCGUCCUGGCCUUCUCCGUGGGCGCCAACGACGUGGCCAACUCGUUUGGCACCGCCGUGGGCUCCGGGGUGGUCACGCUGAAACAGGCUUGCAUUCUGGCCACCGUGUUCGAGACCGUGGGCUCCGUGCUCCUCGGGGCCAAAGUCAGCGAAACCAUCCGCAAGGGGAUCAUCGACGUGAACAUGUACAACGGUUCGGAGCACGUGUUGAUGGCCGGAUCCAUCAGCGCCAUGUUCGGUUCUGCUGUCUGGCAGCUGGCUGCCUCUUUCCUCAAGCUCCCCAUCUCUGGAACACACUGUAUCGUUGGUGCUACUAUCGGCUUCUCUCUGGUAGCCAAAGGCCAGCAAGGUGUCAGGUGGCUCCAACUUCUCCGCAUCGUUGUUUCCUGGUUCCUGAGUCCCCUCUUGUCUGGUCUAAUGUCUGCUGUUGUUUUCUACUUUGUGCGCAUGUUCAUCUUGCACAAGAAAGACCCGGUGCCUAAUGGGCUGAAAGCCCUGCCUGUGUUCUACGCCAUCACCAUGGGAAUCAACCUGUUCUCCAUCAUGUUCACUGGAGCUCCAAUGCUGGGAUUCGACAAGCUUCCUUGGUGGGGGACCCUGCUCAUCUCACUGGGCUGUGCGCUGCUGACCGCCGUCCUGGUUUGGUUCAUAGUCUGCCCUCAUCUGAAGAAGAAGAUCGAACGAGACAUUAAGUCUUCCAGCCCCUCAGAGAGCCCACUGAUAAAGGAGACCGAGGCCCACAGUCCCAUCCUGAAGCAGACCGGCAAGGAGGCGCCCGCCCUUGCAACGCCGCCUGCCGAUCAGAGCCCGGCAGCUCAGCUUGCUGCAGACGAGCGCCGCGUGGCGUUUGACAUCGGAGACUGUGACGACUGCGACGUGGUCAAAGAGCGGCGCGUGGCGUUCGACAUCGGGGAGUCGGAUGAAACGGACGAGAGCAGUACAAACGGUGUUCCCAAGCAAGUCCAGUCCAACAAUCAGAUAAACUCCCCCCACCAAGCCCAGUUCAACCAGCAGCCCCCGCAGAUGCCCAGUAACGGCUACAGCCAGUACCACACGGUCCACAAGGACUCCGGCCUCUACAAGGACCUCCUGCACAAGCUCCACCUGGCCAAGGUGGGCGACUGCAUGGGCGAGGGAGGCGACCGGCCCAUCCGGCGCAACAACAGCUACACCUCCUACACCAUGGCCAUCAUCGGCAUGCACGCCGACUUCAGCAGGCACAAAGACGCCGAGCCCCAGGAAGGCGAGAAGAGCGGCGGCCAGGACAGGAAGCGCGUGCGCAUGGACAGCUACACCAGCUACUGCAACGCCGUGGCCGAGCACGGGGCGCCCGAGGGCGUCUGCGAGGGCGAUGUGACGCUGGACGUGGGGACGGAGGACGCCCACAGCACCCAGAGCUCUCUGGACGACGACGGCCUCGAAGCGGACAAGCCGGAAGUCUCGGUGCUCUUCCAGUUCCUGCAAAUCCUCACCGCCUGCUUCGGAUCCUUCGCUCACGGAGGAAACGACGUCAGUAACGCCAUUGGACCGUUGGUGGCGCUGUGGCUGGUUUACAACAGCGGCAGCGUGGACUCCAAUGAGCAGACGCCCACUUGGCUGCUGCUCUACGGAGGCGUGGGCAUCUGCAUGGGUCUGUGGGUGUGGGGCCGCAGAGUGAUCCAGACCAUGGGCAAGGACCUCACUCCCAUCACCCCCUCAAGUGGUUUCAGCAUCGAGUUGGCCUCGGCUCUGACUGUGGUGGUUGCGUCCAACAUCGGCCUGCCGGUCUCCACCACCCACUGCAAGGUGGGCUCCGUGGUGGCGGUGGGCUGGCUGCGCUCCAAGAAAGCGGUGGACUGGCGUCUGUUCCGCAACAUCUUCAUGGCGUGGUUUGUGACCGUGCCCAUCUCGGGCCUGAUCAGCGCCGCCAUCAUGGCCAUCUUCAUCUACGGCAUCAUAUGAGGCCUGCACACACGCCCCCAGCACGGGGAGGGGAGAAGAUAACCGCUCCAUGCGCACCCAGAGAAGAGUGGAGUUGGCUGGGGUUAAUAUUUAUCACUUACCUCUAGCCCGCGACUUUUACAAAAAGAAAAAAAAAUAUGUGAUGGGACCUUUUUUUGGAAUGUUGUCAUGUAAAUGUUUCAUUUGGGCAUCCCGUUACUUUUCUUCUGACUUCUCAUUCUGAGUCUAAAGAAGGCCCGGGCAAUUAUUUUUGACAUGUUUAGAGAAAAUAAUGUGCCUGGUGGCCGGUAUAUCUUUUUAUGAACACUAAUACAAAACAUCACAAUAAUUGAAUAUGACAGACCGCCUUAAAAACACAAUGGAAUUUUACAAUUUUCUACGAAUGAUAAAAGACUGAAUAUUGACAAAAUAUAACCGUCACACCCCCUUUUCGCAACAAACCGUGAAAUAUGAACGUGAAGGGUACAAAAAUAAACCCACUUACAAUCUGAUAUAGCUAUCACUAAGCUUUAGAACUUUAUUGUGAAAAUCUCCCCUUCCGCGUCUGUGGAAACGCUCCCCGCCCACACUGCUUGGUACCUCGUCUGAGCUGCUGUGACUUGCAUUACCAUGGUAACUAAUUAGAUGACCAAAGUAACUGCUAUAUCAUCCAUAAGCGCAGAUUCUGUAUAGUUCAAGGCUUACGGUCGUUAAAAAAAACAAGACUGCACAUCAUAAUGGCAGCUACACUUUCCAUCUUAGAGAUCUAAAAAAAAAUAUUUGGGAAGUUCCGGUGCGCCAGAUUGAAAAGCUCAACAUAUUAAUUUGCCCAGGUCUGGUCUAAAUGCCUAUUUGUUCUCAUACAAGCUCCUUUUUUUUUAUUUUGCUGUAAAAUCACUUUGUUUGAAAGGAUAUCGGUUAGAAAAAGAACAAAAUGCAGUAUUAGACUUAAAUGUAAAAAACAGGUUAUAAUUAUCCACUACACUUAGGGAUAGAAGCAGUAUUUAUACACAACCAUGACACCAUAUUUUGGCUCGAAAAGUAAAAAAAAGACCGGAUUUGGCUCUUUUAUGCACUAUAGCAAACAUCCGUGCAGAUAUCUGAGACUGAAUAAACGUUACUUGACCUUUUUUCAAAAAUGAUGUGAAUGUGCUGAACUCCUGUUUAAACUUGAGCGUGUCAUCAAUGUGGAGAGUUUGAUGCUGAGUUCACCUCACGGGUGCAAGGGUGUUGACUGGUUUGCUUCUUUCGUUUUUCGGCUUUCUGCCACCUCGCGGGUGAAUAAACAAGCCAGCGGGUGUGCUGAGUGUGUUUGGAGUAGAAGUGUUGCAGAAGUAAAGGACAUAUCACACCUGUAGACGAUGUAGCUGCCUUAACUCUCGUUUGCCCUUUUAGGUACCAAAGAAUAGUUUUUUUUUUAUUUUAUUUUUUAAUACAAAUGCAUAACACAAAAAUUCAAUAAAAACUGAAAAAAAAACAA